AUGUCAUGGCGAAAUGCCUUGAGGCUUUCACACAGGACAGGACCACACAAUUUCGAAGAAACCUGCUCAAAGAUUGUAUCAUAUUGCAAUAAACAAUUACUGAAAGAGGGCAUUUGUGUCCACAGCCCAAUUAUCAAAGCGGGUUUUCAAGAUAAUUUAUGGAUCAGCAAUAACUUGCUCGCUCUAUAUUCAAAAUGCUAUGGAGUUGAUCAUGCACGCCACUUCUUUGAGGAAAUGCCAUACAAGGAUGUUGUGUCCUGGUCUGGAUUGUUGUCUGCUUAUGUCAAAGAUGGUUGCUACGAGGAAGCUCUUGAGCUGUAUGAUUUGAUGAAGUUUUCUGGGGAAUGCCCAAAUGAGUAUACACUUUCGAUUGUGAUCAGGGCCUGCUCAGCUCUUCGGGAUUGUGACCAAGGAACUAAAGUCCAGGCCUGUGCAACAAAGAAUGGUUUUGAUUCAAAUCCUGUUUUAACUAGCAGUUUGAUUGAUAUGUACUCUAAAUGUGAUAAAAAAGAAGCAGCACAGAAGAUAUUCAUGAAUAUGCGGAAUGGUGACACUGUUUCUUGGACAACUAUGAUCUCUUCAUUUAUCCAAGAGGGGAGCUGGAUUACUGCGCUGCGACUCUUCAUAUGCAUGAUCAAACGAGAAAUUCAACCAAAUGAAUACACGUAUGCAAAAAUUUUGAGCGCAUGUGGUGGUCUUACUUAUUUAAAUUCUGGGAGAUUAGUCCACGCCAGGAUGUUAGUCUUGGGCAUUCGGCUGAAUUUGGUUUUGAAGACAGCUCUUACUGACAUGUAUGCAAGAUGUAAGAGAAUGGAAGAUGCUAUGAAGGUCUCAAAGCAAACUCUUGAGCAAGAUACAGUUCUAUGCACAACACUAUUGAGUGGCUUUUGCCAUAACUUGGAGAUCAAGGAGGCUGUUGAUGCAAUACAGCAGAUGGUGGCCCAUGGGAUCACUCCAAAUAGUUAUACAUAUGCUGUAGUCUUGAAUGGCUGCUCAUUAGCUCUGACAUUGCAAUUGGGGAUACAAUUUCACUCAAGGGUUAUUGAGAUUGGUUUGGAAAAUAAUGUUUCUGUUGGAAAUGCACUCAUUGAUAUGUAUUUGAAAUGUUCUGGUGGAAUAAUUGACGCUUUUAAAGUAUUUGAACAAAUAAGGUCACCAAACAUCAUCUCUUGGACUUCCUUGAUUGCUGGCUUUGUUGAACAUGGUCUUGGAUACGAGGCUUUUCAAGCAUUUGAAAAGAUGCAGCUUGUGGAAUGA